CACGCAUACUUGUAAUGUCACUGGCUGAGCCCUGCCUUCCGCUCCUCCUCCGAUCUUCUCUUCCCCUUCACAAUCAGCUGCCUGACAGGCCACCAAUCCGUCCACUUUACAACUCCUCUGCCAUAGCAGGCUCGGGAACACUUGGCAUGGAGAACCCUGGCAUCGGGAUCCUUACUAUGAUCAACUAGAGCUGCCAAGCCGCUGGCUGCUAACAGGAAGCCUUACUGACAGCUCAGAAAGCAGGAGCGAUCGGAGAGCAUUAGGAGCACACAGCGAACUGCACGAUCUUAUCCAGACACUAAGGCAAAAUUUAGUUCUGAUGGGGGACUUAGGCACGCGACGCUCAACCAUCGUUUCUAGGUUGCCGAUAUUUAGACGGAGCACAACCCGAAAACAGGAUUCUCUUCCUUCCUCACCUUCUUCCAACAAUGGCCUGCACACUUCCUCUCCGUCAAGUACAAAUUCCAGCUCAGGUAGCACUGGGAAACGAAGAAGCAUAUUUCGUACACCAUCCUUAAGUUUUCAUCACAGGAAAGAAAGCAACCACAGUUAUGAAUCCAGCCAAGUACCAACCAUUUCUCAGAGCCCCCAAAGCACUUUGCAGAGCCUUGAACUGGAAGAGCAGACCAAAGCAAAGGCAAGAACCUCCACUAGCAUCCCUAGCUCAUGUAGGAAGAUUACUAGAUCAGUAACCGAGGACUUUGGGAAGAGAAAGGAACAUUCAGUUAGCAAGAAUGUAUUCACAAACUGUUUAGGUAAAAAUGAGGCAGAUGACUCAGGAUUUGUAGAUGAUCAACCCAAAAGAGCUGUGAAACAUUCCUCAAGAAAGCUUCUCCCUAGAUCAUUUUCUUCCCAUUACAGAUUUUCCAAGCAUGGUUCUCGGUGUCAGACUCCACCGCCAGAACAAAAUUCAGGCUGCUCUGCAGAAGCUCUUACCCAACUACAAACAGAUCCUGUACCUGCCAAGUCAGUGCUACAUUGUGCCACAGAGGUAAAUGAAAAUACAGAGAGCUCUUUACUGUCACCUCUUCUAUCAGCUGAUCACACAACUGCUCCACAGACACCAUCUGAUUUUAUAUUUAUGGACGAUUCUGCCUCUGAAGCUGAUUCCCUGCCAAUCAGUGGAAAUCAGAGAUCUGAAGGACAGCAAAUUUGCAAUCCUGUUUCUACCUCACAAGGCUCUGCCAAUCCAGCAUCUGUUCCUGCUGAAAUUAAUAAGGAACUGCAUGCGGUAAAAGACAUGUCCAUAUGUGAUGGUUUAGUCCUUACAAAACAGAAAGCUGCUACAGUUGUAAAAACAUCUGGGUCAAAUAUAUGUCUUGCAUCUUCUAAAGAACUAAUACCUAUGUCUGAACUACCUACAGGUCAUGAUGUUAAUCUUGAAAAUGGUACUGAGCAAAAACCCAUAGAUAGGCCAGUAUUUCAAAAUGGUAAUCACUUCCGCUCUAUAGAAAGUUUGCCAAAGAAAUUUGAGGCAGCUGUAUCUCAAAGUGAAGUGAUGUCAACGCUAAGCACUCAUCAGUCUGUGCCAGAGACAAAAGUUUCAUCUGAGGCACAGUAUUCACAGAUGCGCAAUGGCCAUGCAAGAGUUAACUAUGCCAGUAGUUUCAGCCCAUACAGAGAUGGGCGCUAUUCUGAGAGACGAUUGCGCUCAUCCUCCGAGGGUACCGCAGGGGGCAGCAGCAUGGCUUUUAAACCAAAGGAGCAGCAUUCUGAAGAGCUGCCACAUUUUAGAAAACAAAGAACUAUUUCAACGUCUUCAAAAAUGAAUAGCAUGGAUGUGUUAAACAAUUUGGGGUCCUGUGAAUUGGAUGAAGAUGAUCUUAUGCUUGACCUGGAGUUUACAGAAGAACAGCAGCUUCGAAAAGUAUGUCGAGAAGAUUCCUUCCAGUCUAUAGUGUCAUGCUCAGCAGUGGUAUUUUCCCAUGUGGAAGAGUCAAGUGAAAAGAAACAACCUACAGAAGAAGGACCAAAAAUAUCUGAGACAACAAAAAGAAAUCUCUAUCUACAUUUGCCAAGAGAAAGCGAUCAAGAGGAUACUAAGUGCCCUCGAGUCUGCCAAGUGCCCACCAGCCCAUCUGUGGAAUGGCCCUUUGCACAGGAAGACAUCAACGGCUUGGAAUCAUUGCCUUUCAGAUUGAUGAUGCAAGACUGUACAUCUGUAAAGACAUUACUGCUCAAAAUGAAGAGAAUCCUGCAAGAGAGUACUGAGAUGAGCCCAGCAAGUAGCACAGCUUCACUUCCAAUUAGCCCCAUUGCCGAAAGGAACCAUCCUUUUAAGGAUAUAAUGAAAGAUGAAUGCUCAAUGCUGAAGCUGCAGCUUAAGGAACGGGAUGAACUUAUCCACCAACUGCAAGAAGAGCUGAGACAGUGUUCUCCAAAUACUCUUAGCAGUGUCUUUACCCCUUUCACCUUUUCGACUACAUGA